UCCUUUCUUUGUUUCUGGGCAAAACUGGGACUCUCCCUCUCCGUCGUUUGAAGCUGCCCUAUUUCCGUCGCAACUCCUAAUUUGCUCACCAAACAACAUAACCCUUUUCUUCCUUGAAUUAAUCUCAACACCCCAUUCCUCACUGUUUGAUUCUUUUCUGACUUUCAAAAGCUCCAUUAUAUACAUAUGUAUAUAUAUUUUUCAAGCUUCAAGCUUCAGAAUCAACUACACACUGUAUACACAACCACAGGCUCCUUCAUUUUCUUCAAUUCGACGCAAUCAGGUGUAUCUCAGAGAUCAAGACCCUAAUUUCGAUAACCUAGGGCAUGACUGAUUCGCUUUGGAGUGGCAAGUGGGGACCCUAAUCUAAGUACUGAAAGGAUAUACAUAACCCCAUCAUGGACCCGUCGAUUAUGAAGAAGCUCUUGGAAGACGAUGAGGAUGAAACAAUGCAUUCGGGGGCGGAUGUCGAGGCCUUUCAGGCGGCCCUGAAUAGGGACAUUGAAGGAGAUGUGUCUGCUUCUCAGCGGUCUGAUUCAGACUCUGCGGUUUUGUCUCAAGGAAGCAAUAAUACUUCUAGUCAAUCAUUACCACAGUUGCAUACUGCUAGCCAGGAUGAAAGUACUGCUGGUCAAAUUCAGCAUGACCAAAAUAUUGCACAACAGCGAGAAAUGCAGUCAUAUGAAAUGGAGUUAAAGCCACAACGUUCCGUCUCUGAGAAUAUGCCACAACAGAAUGAUGCAUCGCAGGAACUUAAUCAUUUUACUUUGCCCCAGAAGCAACCCCACAGUGAUCUUCAGCAAGGGAAAGGAGAUCAAAAACCUCUCCAGACUGGAAUGUUGAUGUCUGGAAAAAAUCCAGUGUCAACACAGGAGCAGGACUUAACUCCUAAACCAGAAAAUGAAUCUCAGUAUGUAAAGCUUCAGAAGAUGAGUAGUCAACAGGCAAUGACCACGGAGCAGCCAAGCACCCCGAUGAAUCGCAGUAAACAAGUACCAUUUGGUCUGUUACUACCUGUCUUAUUGCCUCAACUUGAUAAAGACAGAGCCAUGCAACUUACAACUCUUUUUGGUAAACUGAAGAACAACGAAAUCUCCAAAGAUGCUUUUGUCCGACACAUUAGAAGUGUUGUUGGGGACCAGAUGCUCAAGAUGGCAGUACAUAAAGUACAGACACAGCCUGCUCUUAAACAACAGUUGAUGCCUCAGGCUUCGUUGCAGCAGCAACCUCCUAGGAUGCCAUCUAUUAGUGCAGGUGCUACCCAGUUCACUGAUCCUCGUUUUGCAAUUCAUCAGAGAGGUGCGAACCCUUCCACAGACCCAUCGCACAUUCCCACAGUGCACGUGCAGACUGAUUCAAGCCAUUCGGCCAUUGAAAACAAUGCCAAAAAAUUGCGGGAAGCAGAACGUCAGUCAGAUUCUCAUGCAAUGCAAGUAAAUCAGAUGUCUUCUUCCAGCACAGGAGCUGCCAAUCAAGAAAGGGAGCGGUCCUCGGUUGCCAUGCAAGUACAUAACAAGCAGCAGCAACAGCAACUGCACUACCCCCAAUCAUCCUUUGCCAUGUAUGGAUCUACUGGUGGUAAUUAUCGUCCAUAUUCAGGGACAAAUGUCAAUACAAUGCCUCUCAAACAGCAAUCACAUGACUCUCAUUUGAGGCAAAUUCCUCAACAUCAAAGCAUGGGCUCAGCUCAGCCAGGUGGGGUGGAAGCCCAGGGAACAAACAUCAUGAGUGUGCCCAAAUUGGAGGGGCAAAAUUCUAUGAACGACCCUAGCAGACAGCAGGGUGGAUCUCUUCCUCACUUCACAAAUAAUUCGACUUUACAACAAAAUCCAGUUCCUUGGCAGUCUUCAAAUAAAGAGCAGAUUUCUGGCCCUUUAUCAUCAAUGCCUUAUGUAAAACAGGAACCCAUUGACCAGAGUGCUGAGCAGCAGCACAAGACCCCGCUAUCUAAUUCUCAGCGUUUGCCUUAUGCUUCUUCUGUGCAACAUGAACAAGGAAAUGCAUCACCUGGAAUUUCAAUGGACGAGUCUUUAGAGAAGCAGUCUUCAAGAAUGGGAUUUUCAAACACAGGGCCCUCUGGGAGCAUGGUGCCUUCGUCAUCUACAAACACAGGGCCCUUGAAUCCUGUUUCUUCUUCCACAACCACGCAAGCUGAUCCUAACUUAAGCUCUCGGAUACCUACUGGCACUUCUCCUGCUGGGAUUAAUAAUAGAGUAGCUGCAAAAAAGACUUCUGUUGGCCAAAAGAAGCCUAGUGAAGCACUUGGUUCUUCACCACCGCCUUCAAGUAAGAAGCAAAAAGUAUCUGGGGCUUUUUUGGAUCAAAGCAUUGAACAACUCAAUGAUGUCACAGCUGUUAGUGGAGUUAAUCUAAGGGAAGAGGAGGAGCAGCUGUUUUCUGGGCCCAAGGAUGACGGUCGAGCUUCAGAAGCAUCUCGAAGAGUUGUGCAAGAAGAAGAAGAAAGGCUGAUUUUGCAGAAGGCUCCCUUGCAGAAAAAAUUGGCAGAAAUCAUGUUCAGAUGUGGUUUGAAAAGUAUAAGCAAUGAUGUGGAACGAUGCUUGUCACUGUGCGUGGAGGAAAGAAUGAGGGGACUGAUAAAUAAUUUGAUAAGACUGUCAAAGCAGCGGGUUGAUGCUGAGAAACCAAAACACCACACCAUCAUUACCUCUGAUGUUCGGCAACAAAUUUUAAAUCAGAACAAGAAAGCUAAGGAAGAAUGGGAAAAGAAGCAAGCUGAGGCAGAAAAGGUCCGGAAGCUUAAUGAACCUGAGGUUAGCAAUGGAGUUGACGGUGAUAAAGACAGAGAUGAAGGUCGUUCUAAAUCAUUCAAGGUAAACAAAGAAGAAGAUGACAAAAUGAGGACAACAGCAGCAAAUGUUGCUGCCCGUGCUGCUGUUGGAGGAGAUGACAUGUUGUCAAAAUGGCAACUUAUGGCUGAGCAAGCUCGCCAAAAACGUGAAGGUGGGAGUGAUGUGGCAUCUGGGUCUCAGCCAGGUAAAGAUGUAAAUCGCAAGCCUACAUCAGCAGCUGGAAGAAUUAUGAAGGACAAUCAAGAAGUAGAAAAAAGAGGGGGUGCAGCUCCUGUUUCUGCAGCUGGGACUGUUAGAAAAUUUGGGAAAAACCAAUUUAUUGUGCCCCAGACAAGGGUGGCUCGUAGUAUUUCUGUCAAGGAUGUGAUUUCUGUUCUGGAAAGGGAACCUCAAAUGUCCAAGUCACCUCUGAUAUAUCGCUUGUAUGAGAGAAACCAAUCUGACUCUGCGGGUGAUUAAUCCAAAACUGUGUGAAGCACGGUGCCUAUGAGAUCCUUAGAAAAGCUCUUUCAACCGACCUGGUCUCUCUGGCUGUACCAUACGGUUCGUUUGAGUUAUGAUUCUUCACCUUGUUCGGUGGUUGUAAUUAUAUUUAUUUGGGUUGGGUAAGUUUGUUUAUGUACGAUUCUCUAUUCAUCCUGUUUUUGGUUUGUAAAAUAGCAUUGUAGCUGACCCUGAGGAGCAAUAAUGUUCAGCCAGAAGAGAGCAAUGAAAUAGCCCCACUGCAUCCUUGGUCCUUGGAUUAUGCUGAUAUCUGAAUAUCUGAGUCUCUGAUGGCAUUGUAAAUUACUUAUUUUUUAUUGAAUAUAGAGGAGUUUUGAGGCUGGAGGCAAUGAAAUACUUCAUGCUUUACCA